UCCAAAGAGAUAAUGAGAGCCCCCCCUCCAGCCCAACUAUGAUGCGAUAGUAUGGCACCAGCACCAGCACCAGCACCCCGCUAGACAAUUCGUCAUCCUAGACAAAGCCACCCGGACAGCAUGCAGUCUCCCAACAUCCUCAUACCAUACCAUAUGCUCGUGGCCAGACACUCCAAGCUGGAAGCUUUUGUUUAUCUCUAUUUUCUUUCGUCUUCGGUAUUUUUCCACCCCACUUGUGUGUGCAGCAGUUUAUCGCGGCACAGUGUACUGUUGGGGGUAUAGUACCCCGAUUUCCAAAUGGGGGGGCUGUUGUGCGUGUGUGUGUGUGUCAAAAAUGCCCUUAAUUUGACAUUUAUAAUUAAUUCCAACACGGCAAGCGACAAGUGAGCGAGGUAGUAUCUUUUUGAUUUGUUGGGCCUACCACUACUACAAAUAAUUGCUAACUAAAAGCAAUGCAGUGGCAGAAUCACUAGGUACAUAGCUCUAUCUGGGAAUGUUUCAAUGUUUUGCUUAAGAAGCAAAAUAAUGUAAGUCACAUGGAGUACAUAAAACAUAUGGUUUUAGUCAUCGAUGCACACACGCACAAUCGGCUAUUAAUUGACAGUGCGUGUGCCAUCAUUAGAUCAGUAAUAGUCUUUUUAAAUGCACAUUUUAAUUGAUGAAUCUACUUAGAUUCAAGGGAUAUCUAUUGCUAAGCUAUCUAGUAAUAUAUUACCAUCGUCGUAUAAGUCGAAUAUGGGGUUGGCUCCAAUAAAGAAAGCGUAAGAAGCGCAAGAUCGAGGAGGCUGCCGAGGGAGAGACCACCGAGGGUGGCGAAGGCGAGCUGUACGACCCAUCAGAGGCCACUGGCGAUGAUCAGGACUUCGAGAUGGUCGAGGCCAACCCCGAAGGCGGCGAGGGUGAAGGUGAUGAGGAGGGUGCCGAGGGCGAGGAUGGCCAAGGCGAGGACAACGGCGAGGAGUUGGAGGCCCAGGACGAAGAGGAGGCCAAUGAAGAUCAGGAAGUCCAGCCAGAACGAGAGCCGGCAGCUCCAACCCCAGCACCGGCCACGCCUGCCGCCAAACCCAGAGCCUGCCAAGACUCCGGUCAAGGCUGCUGCUGCAUAUGUGCUGCCUUGCCUCUACCUAGCCACACGAACAUCCUCACGCUUUAGCAAAUUAAAUCCGAUUCCAUUAAAUGUCCCAAAAUAUUUAUCAUUUACCAUAGCCAAACAUAUAAUAGAUUCUUGUAUGUACAGAAUAAACCAUACUUUCUCGAUGAUUCGGGUCUUUUCUGUAGAUUUUAGGAUUAAAUAAUGAAUUAAGUAAAUACAUGCAAUUAGAGAUUAGAGAACA